AUGGCGAACAUAAUUGAAUUCAUAAACCUAUCUUACCCUUCGCAAGGAUCUUCUUCAAGCCUGCGGCGUCGUGCUUACUCGCAUGCUGCUCGUGUAAACCAUGCAAGAGUGAAGCUUGCCCGCAAAUCGAUCAGCCAGGCUAGCAAUGUGGAACCAUAUAUUCCGCCUGCGAAGAAGAUUGAAGUUGAUACAACAACGGAAGCAAAGGAGAUAUGUUUGGCUGACGAUAAAGCCAAGGUGGCUGCGGUAGUAUUUCUCGACCCUAUCGACCCGCUCACAUCAAACAGGAGAGAUCCUUUUGGAUGCUUUGUGAAACCACUUUCACAGCUGGAGCACUACCUCUUUGAUCAUUAUGCAACUGUUGUCACCACCCAGUAUGACUCCGAGUGCGUGGUACUCAAAGAUACAAGCUUUCACCACCACCAACUUAGGAUACGCUGGAUUCAAAUGGCCAUAUCAUACGUGGGUCUAUUAAAUUGUGCCUUACAAUUUUCUUGUAGCCACCUUGGUGAAAUCUACUGUUGCGUAGAAUACACUGCUUUAGCGACGCAGUAUAAAAUUUUAUGCAUUUGCGCCAUCAAAGAGGCUAUUGGCGGACAGGAUUGCUCCACGAGGGAUCCAGUGAUUGCUACAGUAAUAUCAUUAGCUAUAGAUGAGCUUCGAGUGGGCAAUAUUACUGCAUCCAGGCAGCAUGUGCGUGCACUUGCCAAAAUGAUACAGUUUUCUGGUGGCUUACAAACCCUUGGCAUGGAUGGGCUGCUGAAACAUAUCUUUGAGAAAUUAGCUUAUGAUAUGAAGCUUCUUGUAGACGACAAAACACAUUCUUCAACGCUAAUGGAUUUCAUCAGCCGAGGGGGAAUCAAUAUGCCCAGUUCUUCAGGGACAGCUGUAGAAUCCCAAUAA